AUGGAAGGGUCUGAGAUUGAAACGUAUACGAAAAGGUCACAUGAGCUCGCGAAUGUGUGUCCUAACUUAUCUCGACUACCACCACGCAGGAUCGAAUUGUACAUCAAAGGUUUGGCACCGUCAGUCAAGAGUUUGGUCACUGCUGCAAAUCUUGACAAUCUGCCUCGAAUCAUACAUCUAGCUCACAAGAUUACGGACCAGGAGGUGGAGCGUGGCUCGCUACCACCACGUGUUUCAGCUACUACUACUACUACUACUACUACUACUACUACUACUACUACUGCUGCUGCUACUGCUCCUACUGCUACUGCUGCUGCUGCUGCUGCUCCUGCUCCUGCUGCUGCUCCUGCUCCUGCUCCUGCUCCUCCUACUCCUGCUCCUGCUGCUCCUGCUGCUGCUGCUCCUGCUGCUCCUCCUGCUCCUCCUACUCCUCCUGCUCCUCCUGCUGCUGCUCCUGCUGCUGCUGUUGCUCCUGCCGCUGCUGCUGCUCCUGCUCCUACUCCUCCUACUCCUACUCCUCCUACUAAUGCUGCUGCUCCUGCUCCUGCUCCUACUCCUCCUACUCCUACUCCUCCUCCUACUGCUGCUGCUGCUCCUCCUCCUGCUACUGCUGCUGCUACUACGACUACUACUACGACUACUACAACGAAACCACUAACCACUAACCACUAA